AUGCGACGUGACACUAGCGGAUGUGCCGCGGCGGCGGCUGCUCUAGGCGAGUUUUCGAGCUCGCUCCCAGAAGCUGUCCACGUCAGCGACUAUGUCCUCCAUGAAUCGGAUCUAGCGAUCGUCGACGGGAAGCGCGAGGAGAUUAAAGCCCAACCAAAUACGUCUCUAGUCAUCUUGAACUUCAAGCUCCCGGCUUUCACGCCGAUUCUCUGGCAGCAAGCGGGGUCGCUGCGGCUGUGCGCGGAUGGCGGAGUGAACCGCCUGUACGACGAGCUUCCAGGAAUGUUCCCGGGGGAGGACCCUGAUGACGUCAGACGAAGGUUCGUGCCGCACAUAAUCAAGGGCGAUUUGGACUCGGCGCGCCCCCAAGUGCUCGCCUUCUACAAGCAGCUCGGCGCGGAGAUAGUGGAUAUGAGCAAGGACCAGGACACCACGGACCUGCACAAGUGCAUCAACAGGAUUCUGCUCGACACCGGCCACUCCAGCUCCCCCCAAGCCCUCCUCCCAGCAAAGGUGGUUCGGCCGGACCAGAGGGUGAUAGUGGUGGGGUCGCUGGGCGGCCGCAUGGACCACGAGUUCGGGAACGUGAACGUGCUCCACCGGUUCCGCCACGUCAGCAUCGUGCUGCUGUCAGAGGACUGCCAGCUGUUCCUGCUGCCAGCUGGCUGGCGCCACGUCAUCACGCCUCACCCGCGGUGGGAGGGGCCGCACUGCGGGUUGAUCCCUGUGGGCGAGCCUUCGCAUGGAACAACGACGACUGGGCUGAGAUGGAAUCUAUGUGAGUGGUGUGAAGGGGUGUGUAGUGGUUUGAGUUGUGCACCUGUUGUCGCAGCUGUAGCAGCAGGAGGGGUUGCACUGCGGCUCUUUCUCCACCUCGUUUUCCUCGUGGCUGGGACAUGCGCGAGACGUGCUGCUUCCACGAAACUGCUUGAUGAUUCAGCCGACGUCCUCCAUGGCCGUAGUCAUACCAUCGACGACACUUGGCACGGUAGCACCCAUCAUGCGACGGAUCAUCCUUCGCGUGAUGAUGAUGCGAGCGACAGCGACAGCACCGGCGAUAAUCGGAGGCAACUGCAGAUGGUGGGACACGUGAAGGCAUUUGAAACCCAGCUGCAGUACUACGUCCCUCUCCCCGUCAGGAACCAUCCAGAGAGAACCAAUCUCUUCAUCGAACCCCUCGGAUUCGCCUACAACUCCUCCAACCGGCCAAUCGUGCUGCUACAGUACCACGAGCACGACACGCAUUGGGGAACCCUCGCCCACUGCCACGGCGACACGUGUCCCACCCUAACCUCCUGCGGUCCGGCCUUCCCGAACCUCCGGGCCUGCUGGAACCCGGACCUGGUCGACCCGGACCGAGUUUUCCUUGACCCGCCCGUGAACUGCCCAAAAAGAAACGCCACGGCGGGGUUGGAUCCGCACACGCGGAAGCAUAUAUCGGAUGGGUACGACGAGACGUGCUCGCACAGGGAGGAUUUCAACCCGCGGGACGCCAUGGCGCUGCAGAUGUUUGAGGUGAAGGGCGCGUAUGUGACGGACAAGGGCUACGUGUUCAACCGCACGCACCGAUUCGUGCGGCCCGGCUGUGGCAGGUUCAACGAGAUAUCCUUUACACCACAGCAGCAGGUGCAUGUACUACCAGCGGCCUUCACGUGGAGCAACUCGUACGGAUUCAACUUCUACCACUUUGUCGCCGAAACCAUGCCGCUGCUCCUCGUUGCUGCGCCGCUGCUACCGCGCAUCAUGCCCUCCACCCCCAUCCUCGCCAGCCGCAUGCAGUGGGAGGUGUACAAGCAGUUCGGAGAGGCCCUCAUAGGCAUCAAAUACGAGGACAUGCGCGUGCUGCCUCUCGUAGCCCAAGAUCUCUUCUUCGUCGAAACCCUCUACGAGCCAAUCGCCCAAACCUGUGGCAACCCCUCCAAGGCUCUCUGGCAGUCCCUCAGGCGCACCCACCUGCUGCACCCACGCGGUCUGCCUCUCUUCCGCCCCGACUGGUCCUACCAGCCACCACCGCCGCUGUCGCCCCAGCAGGCGCAGGAGCUGCCACCCGACUGGGUGGUGGUGCUGGCCAAGCGACCCGCAAAGAGGCGAUCCAUUAGUAACUUUGUGGAGGUGGAGGAGGUGGUGGAGAGGGCGUUUCCGAAUGAGAGGAUUGUGAAGUUCACCGGCUCGCUGUCUGUGCUGGAAGGCCACGGGGCAGCACUCGCCAACCUCGUCUCCCUCCUCCCUGUCACGUCCCCUUCCCCUCCCACCCCUUCCUGCCUCUCCCCCGCUGCAGCUCGAGAGUUGUUUCAGCGCACGCGUCUCUUCGUAGCAGGCCAUGGAGCAGCACUCACCAACCUCAUCUUCAUGCCAGAAAAGGCCUCCGUUCUGGAAAUCAGACCAGAUGGAUGCCCUGUGGUCUGUUACAAUCAUCUAGCGUAUGCGUCGUCGCUCGUCUACCAUCUCGUGUUUAGCCAUGGCGGGUGUUAUGAUACCACUGCCGCUCCGUUGUAUUUCCCCCCUUUCGCUCCUUUCCCCUCCCCCUUACGUUGUCCCCUUCUUGCCCCUCCCUCCCGCCAUCUUCCCCCAACAUCCUCCCGCCUCCUCUUCCCCCCCCACCUCCAUUUCCCGUUUGUCCCCGGAUUCUUUCUUUCCGAGCGUAUCUGUCAUCAUCGCGGCCAGUCCCCUGACGUCGCCCGUUGCCGCCUCUGCCGCCGUCCUCUGAGUGGUGGACUCGCAGAUGCGUAUCUCUACGCGCACCUCGUAGACGGCGAGUCCCUAUCGUCACUCUCCCUCACUCUCUCUCCCCCAUCGUCCCCCUCGUGCCCUCACGGACGCGCAGAUGCGUAUCUCUACGCGCACCUCGUAGACGGCGAGUCGCGAGCCGUCGUCUACCUCCACGUCAACUUCGAUUCCGCCACCGCCACCAUCCAAGCGACCUACAAGAUCUUCGCAGCUCUCCCCGUCGCCCCGCCCGUCUACAUCACGCUGGCAGGCACAACCGUCCCCGGAUGCGACCCGCUCAGGUGCAGCCUGCCCCCGGGCAACCCCACGUGGGUGCAGCCCGUGCCGUCCGUGUGGCAGGCAAUCGGCACCUUCACCAGCAGCCCUGUGAGCGACCCCGAGCGCUACGGCGCGCUGCUGCAGCUGAUAGACAACUCGCUGGUGUUCCCCGGGGUGGUCAUGGCGUACAAGGACGCGCAGGGCGCCAUGCGCCCCGUGAUGGCGCAGCUUCGCGCGGACGCCACACGGAAGUUUCUGGAAGUGGGUCCCAUUCCAGCAUACGUGCCGAGCCCGCAAUACGUGGUUCGCUUCCUCUCCUACAUGCCAGGCGGUGCCAACAUCUCCCUCUCACAGUCUGCCGAUGGGCUGUCCUUCCAGGCGAGCUUCGCUCUUGCCGUGGUUGUGCCCUCAGAGGAGCCCAUCACCGUCUUCCUCAACGUCAACCUGCUUGAUACCCUGCCACCAACCCACUUGCCCCCUGCCGGGGGGUGCGCGGCUAAGAAGGAGAAAGGGAGCAACAAAGACAAGAGCAAGGUUAAGGGGAAGGAUAAGCCCAAGUGUAACAAGGGCAAGGGGAAGGGGAAGAAGGGUGGAGAUGAUGAUGAGUGUUGCGACGACGAUGGCGACACGCUUCCUCCUCCCCCGCCGCCGCCGCCGCCGCCGACGCCCAAUGUCACAUCCACGCGCGCGUUUCUGUACAGCAACAGCAGUCCGUGUGAUCUGAACUGCACGUCUGUUAUUGUUCUCCACGGCACGCAAAGCUGGAGCUUUGCGGGGUUGACCCCGGAGGCGCUUGCGGCGAGUGAUGGGUACAAUGCGUUGGUGGCGCUUAUGCAGUAUGCGGCGACGGGUGUGAAAGGAAGGCUGGUGAAUGCGACGAUGAAGCUCGCGGCUAUUGACCAGCCCAAUGGACCCAACGACCUCCUGCAACGUGCUUAG